AUGAACGUGGAUGAUUAUUCCUCGUCAGAAAGCGAAUCUGAAAGUGAAACCAGUGAAAAUCAAGAAAGUGCUACUACCAGUACGGUCACGUCGACUUCUUGUCCAUCUCCUAAAAAACGAAAGCGACCAAAACAAACUCAAUCUUUUGUGGAUAGCUGGUUGACAGAACAACAAUUUAGCGGCUGGCUUACCAAGCGACUUGGAACUGACAGAAAGCCACAACCAUUUUGCAAGACAUGCAAUAGAUUCGUGACUUGCACGAAAACAGGUUUAAAACGUCACUUAGUUAGCAAGUCUCACCAGACCAAAUAUGCAACAAGUACUGCCAGCUGUUCGACUAUUACCAGUCUGUUUAACAGGGCCACAAACCGAGAUGAAACGAGUUCGAUGGAAAUUAAACUGUGUGCAUUCAUUGCAGAGCACAACCUGCCACUUUCUCUCGCAGAUGAUGUAGUGAAAUUUAUUCGAUCGCUCUUUCCGCUUAACCAGACUUUAAGAAAUGUAAUGCUUGGUAAACAAAAAGCGACCAACGUUGUCCGACAAGUUCUCGGUUUCGACUAUUUACAUGAAGCAAUUUCAGCGUUGCGAUCCCAUAGUUACAGCUUGAUAAUCGACGAAACAACGGACUUGAGCACCGCAAAACAACUUGCUGUAUUAACCACUUACUUUGACAUGCAAAGUUUUGAGUACAAGUCGUUUUUGCUUGACAUGCCAGAAAUUGUAGAUGGAACGGCCGAAGGAAUUUAUUCGGCUGUAAAGCACGUGUUUGCCGAACUGCACAUUCCUAUGGAAAAAAUGAUUGGCUACUCAUCCGAUACGACCAAUGUUAUGUUUGGAGAAUUCAACUCCGUCUCUCAGCUCUUAAUGUCAGAGUACCCAAACGUUUAUUCUGUUAAAUGUUCAUGCCACUUAAUUCAUUUGGUAUCGUCUUAUGCCGCUCUGAAAUUGCCAAAAGGAUUAGAAGAUUUGGUUCGCGACAUAUAUAACCACUUUCAUCGCUCAUCCAAGAGACAAGAAGUCUACCAGCAGUUCCAGAAAUUCUAUGACGCAGAGCCCCGUAAACUGCUCUCGCCCGGGCAAACUCGCUGGCUUUCAUUAGAAGCGUGGGUGAACCGCAUUUUAGAGCAGUACCUGGCCUUGGAGCAUUACUUUGUUCUUGUUGCAAAUGAAGACCCAACACACUCGAACGAUCGUAUUCUCAAGUCGCUUCAAAAUAAGUUCACCCUCGCCUACCCUGAAUUCCUUAGCCACCAGAUUCAACGUUUAAUGCUUUCAAUCGUCUCUUUCAAAGCGAAAGGCCCCUUUUACACAACCUCAGAGAAGAAGUUGAAGGGCUAA